UGAAUACCACCACCGCCACCACCACCACCACCCACCAUAAUCAAUCACCACUGUUAUCACCAAUAUUAUCGUCACCACCGUCAACAUUAAACGGUGAUAAUAAUAAGCGAUUUGUGGAGAAAUUAUAAUUGCUAACACCUUAACACCUUCAACAACGACAAUAACAAACCACUAAACAACUAUCGCAACUUCUCCCUCGCUAGAAACAACAGCGACUACCACCACCACCACUACUACUACUACUACUACUAAUACUACUACUACUGCUAUUAGUACCACUGUAGUCACUAAAUAGCGACAAGAGCAAGUACGGCCAUAACAACAAGAACAACAACAACGACCUACAUCACUUGCAACAAUCACAAGCCCAGCGAACAACGAGAAUAACCUCACCUGCCCCUCCUCCUCCCUGCCCCCAGCACGUCAACAACAACAACAACAACAACAACAACUGCAGCACAUUUCAAACAGGAAGAAAAAAAAAGGUCCGACAAAACAUCACCGUGGAUCCAGCAUACGAACUAUUGGGGGGAGAGGAAGAGGAGGGCAGUGAAAGAGAAGGGGAGGGAUGUGAAGAGAGACAAGAAGAAGAGAAAGAAGAAGAAGAAGAAGAAGAAGAAGAAGAAGAAGAGAAAGAGGUAGAUGAAGGGGGAGGGGAAGAGAAGGGGGAGAGAGAUUUCAAUGUCAGCGAUCACGAACGAAACAGUUCGGUGAUGUCCACACAGCUUGACACCGACACGGGUGUCCUGGCGGCUCAGGACAACGUAAAUGGGGACGCUGGCAACGUUAGUGACGUUGGCGGCGCCGGCGGAAGUCGGACCGCAUCUGCAAUGUCGAUGGCGUCGGCCACCAAAGACGACGUUGAACAGCUUGCCAAAGGUGACGAAGUGGGUUCGAUCGCACUCGGCGGCCGAAUCGGACAGGACGACGACGUCGAUGACGCUCAAGGUAACAAUGAAGCGUUUGGCAACAGCAAGAAUGACGCCGCCGUAGACGUCGGCAAUCAACGGCUCAACGACUGCAGCAAGGACGACGUAAACGUCAACGUCGAGGACGAUGAUGACAACGAUGACGGAGUCGGGGUCGACGUCCGUAGACGUGAGGAGAGAGGACUAAUUGGCGGACUCGUGGGAGGGGUAGUGGGAGGGGGUAGCGGCGGGAAUUACAUGAAAGCCGACAACGUCUAUGAUGACGACGAUGAUAAGAAUGACGUUGACGCUAACGUCGGUGUCAAUGGUGACGGCGGAUAUCAUGUGAGUGUCGGCGACGUGGAUGACGUUGACGACGUGAGGGUAUGUGAAAGCGGGCGCGUGGUGUGGGAGGGCGGCCGAAUGUCUGUGAUUAAGACAGAGGAUGACCUCAAAGACAGUUUCAGUGGGGACAACAACCCGUACCGGAAGAAGGUGGCACGGGUGGUGGUGGUCAUCUCUGUGGUGAUGUUAGUUAUGAGCAUCCUUUUGGUUUGCGUCUCCCUAAACAUGUCCAAAAAUAUAGACGAUCUCGUUCGCAGUAACAAUGACCUUCUACGGAAAAGUUAUGAGAAAGACCAUUUUGAAGACAACGACAACGAUUUAAUGAACGUCACUUUGACAAAUACAACGGAACCCUAGUCCCCUUGUGACAUGGGAUAGGUCGAGGAGUUCCAUUCCUAAUGUACAACCGAACUUUGAACAGUUAGUUUGGGUUUUAGCGUAAUUACAUCAUCCUUUGAAUUUUUUUUCUUCCUGCGUUUAUUCUUACUUCGUGGAAACGGUUUACGGUAACAAAAAACGAACACAAAAUAUUACUACUAAUAAUAAUAAUCAUCUUUUGCUUAUUAUUGUCACAAAGACAACGGAUAACGAAAUAUUGAAGAAGCAGGUUACAAAAGGUGUAGGUGGGAUUACAUAGAAUCUGAAUGAAAAUGAAGGGAAAAAGUAUCAAUAUACACAUAGAUGAGAAAGUCCCAAAAGAAAGAACGCUACCCAGGGACCAAAUAAGGCUCAGCACAGAUCCACGAUUACUCAAUAAUAAUCACUAUUCAACACAAUGACACAAUACAUAACACAUAUUCUACACGACAAACUAAACACUAAAACACAAAAAUAACACCCGAAGCGACAAACACCACGACAACGCAAUCAGAUGAAGUAUACAAACAUAUUUGUACAACUUUUUAGUAGAAUGCAUCACACACAUUUCCAGAACACUCUAGUGUAGUAGUAGGUCGCGUUGAAAAUAUGGACGUAAAAAUUACGGUGAUAUGAAUAAUGAAAUGUUUCUUUCUCGGUUUUCUCUGUGUGUAACAGAUCUAAAGUAGAUAAUUAUGUGAUUGAUUUUAUUAUGAGAUUUGGUUCAUUUUUUUUUUAUUGAUUCUAAUGGCGAUCCUAACAUAUUUCACCUUUGUCUUCAAAUUUGAAGGGUCAUCUCAUUCUAACUGAUAAUAAUAAUAAUAAUA